CGUCUUUAGUAGUGUGAAAGAGAAUGUCGGAGAUUGUAAACUUGUCGCCGUCUCUGAGAUCUUUAAAACCAAAGGUCUCACCUUUGGUACCUCCUCCUCCUCCUCGUCAAGUGCCGAGCUCCUCGCGGAGAUUAAAGUUUCUAUCUUUUCCCGGGAAAAUCAGUCUGGCAACGGGGAGAAUCCGAGCAAUCGAUGCCGAGGAGAAGUUGCAAGAGGUAGAUGAUGAUGACUCGCCGGUCUCGGUCGAGCUAGGUCCGAUAAGUAGCGAGAGCCACUUCGAUGAGGUGAUGGAGGAAGCUCAGAAGCUCGGCGAAUCUGUUGUGAUCGUCUGGAUGGCAGCUUGGUGCAGGAAAUGUAUUUACUUGAGGCCCAAACUCGAAAAGCUCGCUGCUGAGUUCUACCCAAGACUGAGGUUUUAUCAUGUUGAUGUCAACGCUGUGCCAUACAGACUCGUGUCUCGUGCAGGAGUUACGAAAAUGCCAACGAUUCAGCUAUGGAGAGAUGACCAGAAACAAGCUGAAGUCAUCGGUGGUCACAAAGCGCAUUUUGUGGUUAACGAAGUGCGAGAGAUGAUAGAGAACGAUUCAAUCACUUGAAAAGUUAACGGGAUACUCUGCUCUCUUUUUCUCCCCCUCUGAUUGUUCUUACUUUUUGGUAGUCCUCCUGGUUUUGAAAGACAACGAUUGUAGUAGAUUAGUAGGAUAUUGCAAUAUCAAACGCUCUUUUGGCAUCAUCUUUUUUUUUUUACAUGUAUACAUAGUCGGACUGAGAGCUUUAGCAGGCAAGAACUGUAACCUUCCUUUAGCGAUUUAUUCCAACAUCUAUAUUAUUUAAA